GAGAGAGAGAGAGAGAGAGAGAGAGAGAGAGAGAGAGAGAGAGAAAACAGUAAAAGCCUCCAGAUUCUCCUGCUGCUGCUGCUCAGACAAAAGGACGGAGAGACCCGCAGACAGACAGACAGAUAGAGAGACAGACAGAUAGAGAGAGAGAGACACAGACAGAGCGGAGGACAGACGAACGGACCGCCGGGGAGGAUGGGCCGGCGGAGCAGCCGUCGGUAGCGCUCUGUUUUCGGGGACGGAGCUCCAGGAUGAGCGUAGCGCUGCAGGACCUCCGGAACACCUUUCCAUCUGAGCAACUAAACAAACCAAAGCUCUGCCUUCAGCAUCAUCAUGAUCAUCAUCCUCACCCUCCUCUGGAUGCUUCAGUUCAACCUCAGACUGGUUCCAGUACUCAGAUGUCCAGCUACAAGCGAGCUACACUGGAUGAGGAGGAAGUGUCGGACGCUCCGGCUGAGGCGGUCUCGUUUCCUGACAGAGUGGAGGUGGGGUUCAGGAAGGGAGGUGUGGACAUUCUGGGCAGGAGGACUCAGCUGGAGGUUCUGCUGUCAGUCCUGCUGCUAGCUGCCCUCCUGGCUCUGCUGGCCUGUCUGCUGGUCCUGGGACUGGGAUUCAGCUCAGACAGUGGGCGUGGCCUGUGCCUGUCCGAGGCGUGCGUCACGGUGGCGAGUCAGAUGGUGGAGGCGAUGGACCGCAGCGCUGACCCGUGCCAGGACUUCUACCAGUUCGCCUGUGGAGGCUGGAUGAGGAAAAACCCACUGCCUGAUGGACGGUCGCGCUGGUCCACGUUCAACAGCAUCUGGGAGCAGAACCAGGCCCUGCUCAAACACCUGCUGGAGAACGGGACUUUUAACGGCAGCAGCGAAGCUGAGAGGAAGACUCAGUCCUACUACCUGUCCUGUCUCAACACACAGAGGAUCGAGGAGCUUGGAGCUCAGCCUCUCAUAGACCUCAUCGCCAAGAUCGGGGGCUGGAACAUGACAGGUCCUUGGGAAAAGGAUAACUUUAUGGAGGUUCUGAAGGUGGUUUCUGGUCCUUAUAGAGCUCAACCUUUCUUCAGUGUCGGAGUCAGUGCUGAUCCCAAAAACUCAAACAGCAACGUCAUCCAGGUGGACCAAUCAGGGCUCUUCCUGCCGUCCAGGGACUAUUACCUCAACAAGACAGCCAAUGAGAAGGUGCUGGUGGCGUACCUGGACUACAUGGUGGAGCUGGGGAUGCUGCUGGGGGGCGAGAGGAGCUCCACGCAGCUUCAGAUGCAGCAGAUUCUGGAGUUUGAGACGGCACUCGCCAACAUCACAGUCCCACAGGACCAACGAAGAGAUGAGGAGAAGAUCUACCACAAGGUCACCAUCGCUGAAUUACAGCUGCUUGCUCCAGCGGUGGACUGGUUGGACUACCUCUCUUCCGCUCUGACUCCUUUGGACCUAAAUGACACCGAACCUGUCGUCCUGUAUGCCAGAGAGUACCUGCAGCAGGUGUCUGACCUCAUCAACAAAACGGACCGCAGUCUGUUGAACAACUACAUGAUGUGGACGUUGGUUCAGAAGAGUGUGGCCAGUUUGGAUCAACGGUUUGAGAACGCUCAGGACAAACUGCUGGAGUCUCUCUACGGGACCAAGAAGUCCUGCACCCCUCGCUGGCAGACUUGCAUCGGGAACACCGACGACACUCUGGGCUUCGCUUUGGGAGCGCUCUUUGUUAAGGCGACCUUCGACAAACACAGCAAAGAGAUCGCCGAGGAGAUGAUUAACGAGAUCCGCACAGCGUUUAAAGACGCUCUGGACCGACUCAACUGGAUGGACGACCAUACAAGACAGGCUGCUAAAGACAAGGCAGAUGCGAUCUACGAUAUGAUCGGUUUCCCAGAAUUCAUCUUAGACUCCAAAGAGCUGGACGACGUUUACGAUGGGUACGACGUCUCAGACGACAGCUUCUUCCAGAACAUGUUGAACUUCUACAACUUCUCCUCACGAGUGAUGGCCGACCAGCUGAGGAAGACUCCCAACAAAGACCAGUGGAGUAUGACUCCUCCUACAGUUAAUGCCUACUACAUGCCCACUAAGAACGGCAUCGUCUUCCCUGCUGGGAUCCUACAAGCUCCUUUCUACGCCCACGAUCACCCCAAGGCGUUGAACUUUGGUGGGAUCGGGGUGGUGAUGGGUCAUGAGCUCACACACGCCUUUGAUGAUCAAGGUCGCGAGUACGAUAAAGAAGGAAACUUGAGGCCGUGGUGGCAGAACUCGUCAGUGGAGGCCUUUCGGCAGAGAACAGAAUGCAUGGUGGAUCAGUACAGCCGCUACCUUGUCAACGGAGAACACGUCAAUGGAAAACAGACGCUCGGAGAAAACAUAGCAGACAAUGGAGGACUGAAGGCAGCGUACCAUGCCUAUCGAUCAUGGGUCCAGAAGAGUGGAGAGGAGAAGAGACUCCCUGCCGUCAACCUGACCAAUGAUCAACUCUUCUUCGUGGGAUUUGCUCAGGUGUGGUGUUCAGUUCGGACACCAGAGAGCGCGCAUGAAGGCCUGGUGACUGACCCCCACAGCCCCCCCAGAUACAGAGUCAUUGGCACACUAGCCAACUCGCCAGACUUCAGCCGCCACUUCAACUGUCCUGAAGGGACGCCCAUGAACACCGGGAAGCGCUGCGAGGUCUGGUAGACAGACCGAAGAGGACCGGGUCCGAGGGGGGGGUGGGGUCAGGGAUUUAUUAGGUCGGGCCGUUAAUGAGCAGCUCGGCAUGUUAGUUAGGAAACUUGUCUGUUCUUCAGCAAAAAAUAUUUAGUUCAUUAACAAGUCAGAUUGUUAAUUAACAGGUGAGUUUCUUAAUUAACUGGCUGAUUAGUGUCUUAAUUAGAGGACUUUGGUCUGGUAAUUAUCUGCAGUUUAUCUGGGGGUCGUUAGGAGGUGAUCAGGUGUUUAUUAGGUGUUGCAGGUGUAAUCUUCAUACCGUUAAUAUAAAUCCAUUAAUUAGUGACGAUCAGACUGACUUCCCGUCUGGGAUCAAACGGACUCACACAGAGACAUGAAGAACUAACGAUGACGAUGAUGAAGAUGGUGAUUAAGCCACACGGGACGAUGGCGCUGAUUUCUGCUUUAUCACUGUUAUUGAUUAUUAUUAUUAUUAUUAUUAAUGGGCUUUGGUUUGAUGUGUGUGUGUGUUGUCUGUCGUAUGAAAGAUCUCUGUAACUCUCUCUCUGAUGACAUCACUGUGAUGACCUCAUACAAAGUAUUACGUCAACAAUCAUGGCCGCGUACGUGGAGAUCACUUGGAGGAAGCUGAAUCAUGUAUCAAUUAAGGGACUUUUUUCGGGGGUUCAAAUCAAGUUUUUGCGUUAUUAAUCAAUAAAUUAAUUGAUUAUAAUAUAUUAAAGGUUUUAAUGGAUUAUUUGCAUGAUUUAAUGUUUCCAAGGAGUAAAAACACCUUCAAAUUGAAAAAAAUAAUUAUUUGAAGGUAUAAAUUGAGAAUUUUUAUGUGGUUAAAUUUGUACCUCUUCAAGGUUCUUAAAACAUGCAAAUAAUCCAUUAAUUAUCUCCUGAACAUCCCAUUAAAAUUACCUUCAUUACUAAAAGGUGAAUUAAUUAAAUUGAAAAUAAAAAUGAAGGGAUGUCAGUGAUGUAGUCAAACCUUUUCAUCUGCAUGAAAAUCUCUUUAUAACCACUAGCCACCAUGACGGCAUUGUCAUGGUUACACAACCUCUCUGUGGAGUUAAUUAGUAACAUUACAGCGAUCAACAGUAAACACCUGAUACUGAAUUUAAAAUGUUGCCUUAAAAGUUAGAAACAAAGCCUUAAGAAUUAGAAAAGUUCAGAAAAUCCUGUUAAUUAAUUGUUAAUUUAACUCUAAAAACAAUCAACACCCAAAUCGAGCUGUUUGAGAUCCUUUAAUUUAAACCAGGGCCUGAAUUGGACCAAAAAGUGUGCAAAUACCCUAAUUCAUCAGUCAUUUUUUAUAAAUUUUAACGAGGAUAUUUUCAGUGCUGUUUUCACUGAUUCGGCUCUGAGAUAUUUUAACUGGGUCAUUUGUUUAUUUAUUUUUGGUGUUUUCAUUCCUCUGGUUUCAGGCACUGGUUUAAACCCACUGGAAUUUUUUUUUAUGUAUUACAAUUCAUUUAUUUAUAUAUCAAUUAUCCCAUUAAAAUAUUAUUGAAAUACUUUAAUUUAAUCGGCAUUUAUGGCUAAAUUCAUGUUUUACGAAAAAAAAAAAAGGUGCAAAUUCUGGGUUAAUUAAUAGAUUCAAUUAAAAUAGAUUAUGGAUACUGUGUAAAAUUAAAAAAUGGCAUUAAUGAACAUUUACCUGAUUAUUAACUAUUAACGGAAUAAUUAAGGCCAUUUUAAGGUAAAUUAAGCAAGGAUGUCAUGUUUUUGGUCACCUGGAAGAAAUGAUUAUUAAUGUAUCUGUUAAUUAUUGCCGUAUAGCAUUAGAAAUAUCAUAAUUAAAUCUUAUCUGCAGUUUUAAGGUGGAAUGAGAGGAUUUAGUCUCACAGUGUAUAUGUUGUUCAGUCAGUUGUACACUUUACUCCACAUGUGACCACUAACCGCCAUGCUUGUGUUGUCAUGGUAACCAUUAUAGAGCCUCGCAGCUGCAACGACCUGCAACCUAGAGUUCAGUGUUAAUUAAUUAAUCGAAGUUAACUGACAUCAGUGAGAAAAAAACAAACGAACAAGCGCCUUAAAGAUAAAAUUUUAUUGUGAAACUGACUUUGGAAUAUUGCCUUAAAAUUCAAAAUGAACGCCUUAAAAAGUGUAACAGUCAGCGUGGGGCACAGAGGAACUAAAACAAAUGAGGGGCGUUCAUGGACUAAAAGGAAUGUGGGGCGUUCAGGGACUAAAACGAGUGUGGGGCACAGAUGAACUAAGAUCCACGUGGGGCGUUCAGGACUAAAAUGAGUAUGCUGGAUCAACAGUAAAAAGUGAAUAAAUUAAAUAGCGAUAACUUUUAUUCUUUAAUCUGUAACUAAAAUAAAUUUUCCCAAAAUGUAACUUUUAGCAGUUUGAUAAAUUCAGACCCUGAACACACGACUCCCUCUGCUGUUAGAGCCUCAAGAAAAGAAAGUUGGACCAGAAAUAAAAAAUAUUAUAUGGAGAAACUAUAUCAAAUAAAUAGAAUAUAUAAAAAUAUAUUAAGAAGUAAAUAUGAAGUUUUAUAAAUUUCAGUUACAUUAAACCUUCAUCAGUUUUAAAAACAAACAUUGGUUUAAAGACACAUUACCUCAACUUCAUUUCCCAUAAUCCCUUUGUGUUGCUGUUCAGUGCAGGUAUCUGACUCUGACAGCAGGUGGAGCUGUCGACCUGCAAUCAAUAUUCAGAUAUUAAAGUUAGUUUCUCACAACACUAUACACAGCAUACUGUCAGUCUGUGUGUGUGUGUGUGUUUGCUUCGCCACCUGAUGACAUCACUGUCAUGAUGACAUCACCAUCCAAUCCUGUGCAGCUCCUGUGUGUGUGUGUGUGUGUGUGUGUGUGUCGUCGUUUGUUCAGCAGAAGAAGAAGCUGCUUCCUGCCAAAGACGUUUCUGUUUCUGUCUGUAUGUGUGUGUGUUUGUUUUCGAUCUUUGUGAGGACUCCAUUUUAAACCAUCGCUGUGAGGACACCAGUGCAUUGUGGGAACAUUUACGGUUUAAAGGUUCAGUCAGGGGACGCAUUAUGUCACUGAGUGUCCUCACAAGUAUUGAGGUAUAAGUGUGUGUGUGUGUGUGUGUGUGUGUGUGUGUGUCCGCUGUGUAAUAAUCUGUGUGUACAGUAGACAACAGUAGAUCUGAUGUAGAAUAAACUCAGCUUGUUGAAAACUCUGUCUGUGUCCUGAAGGGGGCGUCACCACUCUGCUCAUCCAAUCAGAGAGCUGCAUUUCAAAAAGCUGCUGUCACUGAUCUGCAGAAACACAAUAAACACUGAACAUAAUGAAA